AAGCAAACCGCGUGCCCCUCCGUAACUCUGCCAGAGCGUGGCCGCCAUGGUGCCGCUCGUGACCUUGCUCCUGCUUCUUCGUGAUUGCCUGGCGCUCCAGGUCAAUCAGCGAGGAGCUUCUGAAGGAGAUGUCCGUCAGCACCGCGCACCUGGAGAGCCCUGCCAAUGUCGCCAACAAGAUUAGCGAGGAGCUUCUGAAGGAGGUGUCCAUCAGCACCACGCACGCAGAGACCCCAGCCGAGGCUGAGAGCAGGAUAAGGGAAGAGCUCGUGAAGGCAAUGACAGCCAGCUACACUGCCCCAGAGGCCCCGUCGAGCUGGAGAGAGAGACGAGGGAUGAGUUCCUGAAAUCGAUGUCUGUCAGCACCACGCCCGCAGAAACACUUGCCGAGAAGGCAAAGCGGAUGAGGGAGGAACUCCUCAAGGAUACUUCAGACAUCACCACGCCCACGGAGACCCCCGCUGAGGUCGAGAGCAUGGCGAGGGAUGAGUUCCUGAAGGAGCUCGCGGCCGAGACCACCACAGCCCCAGAGACGCGAGAAGAGAUGAAGGCCAGGAUGAAGGCUGACAUGUUGCGUAAGCUGGAGGAGGCGGCGCAAAAGGAGAAGCAGAACAUGGAGGCAGAUGUGAUGAAUGAGCUGCAUGACGAGCUCAGCAAAGGGACUGUGGACGCAAUGGGGGACUAGUCUGCACGUUCCUGGAGUGAAAGCGGGCUGGGGUUAUCUAGUACGUAUGUUGGUUGAUUUAGUUCACAUGUUGCUAGGACUGGUUUAUUUGCUGCUACGCCUGAUUGAGGACGGCAGCGAUGGCAGAUGAACCUUCUGUUGUACAUACAUACAUGCAUCCAUCCAUCCAUACAGACAUAGUGUGGUAGAUAGUGGUGUGAUGUGAUGUGAUGUUAGUGGUUUUUACAUGCCCUAGUGGGGGUCAUGUUGUGGCCCUCUUUGGCCAUCUACAGGGGGCUCUUGGCCGUCUUGAAGUCAUUUGGGGUCGCUGUGGGCCUCCUUGAAGGCAUGUUGUGCCAUCUUGGCGGCCUUGUUUGCCUGCCUUCGCAGUCUUGAAAGCUCGGCAGCACGGACCCAGAGUUUUUGCAAAGGAUCUUGGCCUCGGGGCCGCAGAUGCGCGGAUCCAACGUUCGUACGCGAGCUCGUGGCCUUUGGAUGACCUCGGGGGCCCAGCUCUUAAUUUU